UUGCAGCCUAAAGUUAACCCAAAGAGCUCUCAUCGGAAGAAAAAAAAAUGCAGGCUGAGGAAUACAAUCGCAGAGGUAAGGAGCUGGUGGACUACAUCACACAGUACCUGGGCUCCAUCAGGGAGAGGCGGGUGAUUCCAGACGUGAAGCCUGGUUACAUGAAGGAGCUUCUCCCUGACGCCGCGCCUACGGAGCCGGAAGACUGGGAGUGCAUCUUUGAGGACAUAGAGAAAGUCAUUAUGCCAGGGGUGGUUCACUGGCAGAGCCCUCACAUGCACGCCUACUACCCCAGUCUGACUUCAUGGCCCUCGAUGCUCGGGGACAUGUUGGCCGAUGCCAUCAACUGUGUGGGAUUCACCUGGGCUUCCAGCCCAGCAUGUACAGAAUUGGAGAUGAAUGUGAUGGACUGGUUGUGUAAAGCACUGGCGCUCCCCUCCUUCUUCCUGCAUUACCACCCAGAGAGCAGAGGUGGAGGCAUCCUGCAGAGCACAGUGAGUGAGAGUACACUGGUGGCUCUGCUCGCUGCCAGGAAAGACAAAAUGCUGCAGCUGCGCCCCGAGCUUGAGCAGGACGUGGACGACUCGGUCCUAAACUCCAGACUGGUGGUGUACGCUUCAGAUCAGGCUCAUUCCUCGGUGGAGAAGGCGGGUCUGAUAUCUCUGGUGAAGAUCAGGUUUCUGCCCACUGAUGAGCAGUUGUCUCUGAGAGGAGACACUUUAAAACAAGCCAUUCAAGAAGACAGGCGGAGGGGACUGGUCCCAUUCAUGCUGUGCGUAACUUUGGGAACUACCGGAGUAUGUGCCUUUGACAAUCUGCCUGAGCUGGGACCAGUCUGUGCAGAAGAGGGACUGUGGCUCCAUGUCGACGCCGCUUACGCUGGUUCAGCCUACUUCUGUCCUGAGCUCCGUUGGUCCCUGGAGGGCAUCGAGUUUGCUGACUCUUUUGUUUUCAACCCUUCAAAGUGGAUGAUGGUCCAUUUUGACUGCACAGCUUUCUGGGUUAAGGAUAAAUAUAAGCUCCAACAGACCUUCACUGUUGAUCCAGUUUACCUUAGACAUGAAAACUCCCAUGCAGCCACAGACUUUAUGCAUUGGCAAAUUCCCCUCAGCCGGCGCUUCCGUUCUCUCAAGCUCUGGUUUGUGAUGCGUUCCUUUGGGCUGAAAAACCUCCAGGCUCACAUCAGGCAUGGGAUUGAGAUGGCAAAGCUCUUGGAGUCUCACAUAAAGAGUGAGCCACAUUUUGAGGUUCCGGCUGAGAGGCACCUCGGCCUGGUGGUUUUCUGUCUGAAAGAUGGAAACGCUUUGACCCAGGAGCUGCUGAGGAGACUGACUCGGUCAGGCACCAUGUACCUCAUCCCUGCAGACAUUCACACAAAGCGGAUCAUCCGCUUCACUGUGACCUCGCAGUUCAGCACUGCGGAGGACAUCCUUAGGGACUGGAGCAUCAUCUCCAAAACGGCUUCCGGUCUUCUAGCCGAGACACAGGCUGUGAAUAACGCAGACCAACCAAAAUCACAGAACGAUAACGUGACACCAGAAAACCACCACGGUGACUCAGGCACCAGGUCCGAGGAGAAAGAGGAUGCUGCCUCCGGGCUGGACAAGGCUGAGGUGGAGCUGUGGAUCGACAAGGCUUGGAUUCGACCUCGGAGGCCCAUGCGAUCUCUUAGCUGCAGCAGCGAGCCGCUGCCUUACACUUGCAUGGGUCCGCUGUCUGGCUAUGUCUUUGAAAGGAGGCCUAGUCUGAAAGAUGCAACAGGCGGAUCCAAAAACGCGCCGUCAACGGCAGGACCCGGUCCCAUGGAUGAGAUCAGAGAGAUGCCUUCAAAUCGUCUUGGUAAACAGGACCUGAAAAAGCUGACAAAGUUCUACAGCGUUCCCAGUUUCUGCAACCAGUGGGUGCAGUGUGCCCGGCACCAGCCCUGCUGCCCUGUGAAGGUUUCACAGGCCCCUCAAAAACACUCGUCCUCCACCUGCAGGCGAAUAAACUGUAUGUGUUCUUCCUCUGUCGCCAACACAGCUCCCUCUCCUACUCCACUGGAAACUGCUCCCGCCCCAAAGCUUCAGGAAUGAUCCUGAAGCAGUGAAGA